AUGGCAUCGGCCGUGCCUUCAUCGUACGACCACGACCAGACUCGCAGGCUGCACCGUCGUGCAAUGCGACAAAUUACAAACACACUGGAAGUGUGUCUGAACUCGACUCGCACAAAGGAGCAGUGGUCACGUCUGCGUCGCGACAAGCAUCAGGAAUUAUAUGCCAAAAGCAUCGGUCGAGGAACAUCGACGAACGGACCAUCGUCCGCCGUCUACUACUUGGCCGUGAACGAAGCUUCUUGCGGGUUUGAAGAAGCUUUCGACCUGCUGCAAAUCGACUCGACGGCUCGCUUUCGACUUCUGAUGAAGCUCUUACACGGUCGCGACUUUAAAGAUGGAGCGUUGACGGCUAUGGCCACAAUUGACCACCACGCGCUGGAUGAGUUGGCGGCUACCGAUACGCAGCACGCAGCAAUUUGGUUCAUCUAUCAGGACCACCGCAAGUCCGUUGUACUGCGUGACCAGCACUUGACGUUUUUUCAGACGCUCAAGGUGUUUCUACCGGACACUCAGCAGCUGCAGCAUCAUGACCAGGGCUACCAAAAUGCUGCGGCUUCCUUGUCAGCUGCCUCUUUGUUGGAUGGGCGGACUGCACGUCCGACCGGUGGAGUUCACAAACGGACGAUAGCCUUGAGUUGGCUGCCAUUGCCUCGCUCGCAAGGUGUGGUUCGGAAAACAGCACGGCAGGUCGAUUUGCAGUACACGUUGAUCAUCGAAGAGAUAUCCGCGAAUCGACUCCGUCUUUCGUGCGUCACUAGCUCCUCUCCUGACGACUACAAUGGGUCUUUGACUGGCUCACCUUGGGCAGCACGAGCGAUAGCAAGGCGACUCGCGUUGCGAUCGGUUGGCAAAUUUGAGGCGGCUGUAGCAGCGUCUCGAAUCGGUGGCUGUCAGUUUGUGGCCCCGCAUCAGUGGGUGAAGAAUGAAGACCGCGCGAGCUGCGUAAUCUGCUGGAAACGCUUCAACGCUCUUUUCCGUCGUCGUCACCACUGUCGUCUCUGUGGAGAGGUCAUUUGUGGCUCCUGCUCUUCACUGCGUACGACGAACGUUGUCAACGUCAAAACACGAGCAGCUCAGAAGACCCGUAUUUGCCACAUGUGCCACAACGAGGCUCGACUGAAGACUGGCACGCGCAUUUUCUCAAGCAUCAAUUCGAACCACAAGUAUGACAGCAGCAUCAGAAUCCCGUCCUCCAAUGAUCAACCACGGGCCCAACCUCCGCUGCCUGAAUCGGACUCGGAGUCCGAGCUCCCACUUCUGUCGCAAGUACUUCCGACGAAUUUGAAUGAUGUGACGGCUCCGGAUUUUGAAGUGCUGUCACCAUCAGUAGCUCCCAUGGCAUCGGAGAGGACGAUGACGGAGAACUUUGAAGCAAGCAGCACGAUUCACGAGUUCGAGGAAGCUGAAAUGGACAGCUACAUUGGUGCACUGCCGGAUCGCUCGACAAAUGCCGUCGUCAGUAGCAAAAAAAUCAUCUCCAUCAAGUCUAUCACUCGUCGCACGAGGGACUUUUGGCAGGUGAUGCCGUCCACGACGUCGAGCAAUAAAGGGCGUUGGCCAUUUCAGGUGCUUGACUCCAGCAGCAGUGUCAACUCGACAUGUAGUGUGCAUUCCAGCGACUGGACUGGCGGAAGAAAUAGCACUAGUGGUGGGGCUGAGGCCUUGACGUUUGAGAAUAACACCUCCAGAUCAUUUCUCCAUCCAUCAGCCGUGACGUCCGAGUCAAAAAGGACGAUCCAGCCGAUGUGCAUCACAGCUGAGGCAAGUAGCUACAGCUCGGUCGAACGGUCUUUUCGGUCGUCAUAUGAAUUGGUCGACUCAAAAGAGCAAGACGAGGAUGACUCGAGAUGGUUUGCGUACCGGCGGACUUCCAUAAUGAGCUCGAACGCGGGUUUGCUUGACCGGGAGUCUGCUGCUUAUGAAGGGUACUUUUUGCCAGCACUGAAUAUUUCACGCGAAACAGAGCGGCUGAAGCUGCUGGAAUUGAUUGUCUCGCCUGCGUGUACACUCGUGGAUCGCACAAUCAUGCAUCGAAGCUGCGAAAUUGCUGCCGCUGCUUUCGGUUUGAGCGCUGCUUUUAUUGCCCGAGUCGACGAGGCAUUCGUGAGGAUUGAACACAGCAUUGGGACUUGUGAUUUAUCACCUCAAGAAGAGAUCUUGCGGCGAGAGUCGUUGUGCGACUUCGUACUCUGUCAGCCUCAAGACCAACCCCUGGUAGUCUUGGACUGCCUUGCUGAUCCACGCACUCGAGAUAUUCCUAUGGUACAGCACUUGUGCAUGCGCUUCUUCAUCGGCAUUAGCGUGUGUGUCCGUGGCUUUCCCAUCGCGUGCCUGUGCGUUUUCGAACAGGAUGAUGGCAACCGGUGCGAAGGAGACGAAGAACUAGUGUCGGCAUCACACUACGAAUUGGGACUUCUGAAAAAUGCGGCGCGUCGCAUGGAGGAAGAGUUGGAAAGUCUUGUCCAUGGCUUAGAGUUGUGCUAG